AUGAUUUCGAACAAAAAUAAUAAACGUGGCAAUAAAAAAUCAUUUUCAAGUAGCAAUUAUGUUAUAAUCAUUUUAGCUAGUAUUAUCGUAGUCCUAUUAGCAAUCUUAAAUGCAAUAAUUUUCAAUCCUGGAAAUAAUGAACCACAAAAUGUUGUAGAAAGUGAAAGCAUAGUUAAAAUCGUUAAAAUUAAAAAAGUCAAUACUUUAAAAUACUGGAAUGUUGUACUAGAAGUUUGGCAUCAAGGAGGUCAUCUUCGUACGAUGGAUAGAGUUUUUAACAGCAUGCAAUAUGAAUUUGCAAAUGUGUCUCACAAUGAGGAUUGGGAUUUUUUGUGGAGUAUCGAGAGUCCAUUUUCUCAUUACGAAGAAAAAAGUGAUAAUCAUUUUUUCAACAUCAGCAACAAUCCUUUGAGACAAGAACAAAAAGUUAAUCAUUUUCCGGGUAUCAGUGCUUUAGCUAGUAAAAGCUAUAUGAAUGAAAUAAAUGCACAUCUGAAGUAUAUUCUACCUUCAUUUGUACUUCCACAAGACAAGAAAGAGUUCCAAAAGUUCUUAACUGAUAAUCCAAAAGCUAAAUUGGUAGAAAAAAAUGUGUACAAUCGUGGUGUUUACUUAAUUGAAGCUAAGGAUGUUAUUUAUGAUAACUCUGAUGUAUUUUACCAACAAUUUAUGGACAAACCUUUCUUAAUUGAUGGCCAUGCUUUUGAUUUUGGUAUUUUUGUACUCAUAACAUCUUUUAAUCCUGUUCGAGUUUAUCGAUUUGAUGCUGAUGUGCUGUUUAGAUUUUGUAGAGAGAAAUACUAUCCAUUUGAUCCUGAAAAUCGAGAUAAAUAUGUUGUGAGACAGGGAUGUCAUCCACCAUAUGACAUGCCAACUUUUGAAAAAAGUUUCGAAAUGUUCAAGCAUCCAUUCAAGAGCAUUUUUGAAAACUACAUUAGUAAAAAAGGUUUUGAUGUAAAGGAACUGUGGAAGAAAAUUGAUGAUGCAAUUGUUAAAAUAUCUCUUAACACAGAAUAUAGAAUUAUCAAAAAGGCAAAAGCAAUGAAUUACUCAACUCAUCACUUCUUCGAAUUAGUGCGAUUUGAUUUUAUUUUUGAUGAAAAUUUAACACCUUACGUGAUGGAAGUUAACAUGAGUCCAAAUUUAACACCAGCUCAUAAAAGAUACGAAAUAAAUGCAAUCAUUUAUGAGCAACUAAUCUACAAUACAGUAAAAAUGGUUGGUGGGGGUUCGUACUUUGAAUUCAUGUCCAGAUUCAAUGAUUUGGAUGUAAUGAUAGCAAAUAGGAAAAAUAUAGCAGUCGACAUUAAGUCUUGUCUUAAAUAUGAAUGCCAUCGAAGUUGUGAACAUAAAAACUGCAGAUUAUGCAUGCCAUGUGUAAAUGAAAAUGAUCGUUAUCAAAUGCGCGAAGCAUUCCGUGAACAUUUGUAUGAAGGAAACUUCCGAAGACUAUUUCCAGCUAAGGAAUAUUAUAAUGAUACUAAAUUUUAUGAAUCAAUUACUACAAAAAAUCAAAUUUCUUUGGAUUGGUUCAAGGCUAAAUGUCUAGAGGAUGAUAGAUGGUGCUAA